AUGCCUAUUCUUGUAAAGGAUUUCAUGUGGACACAAACACCCAGCAGCCUGAAUAUUAGAAUCCCUUUGAAUUCAACGAACCGAAAUAAACCUGAUGUGUUCACAACCGAUUCGUACAUUAAAAUACACUACAAUCCAUUUUUAUUCGAAGUAUUCUUGCUCUACGAUGUUGAUAGUAGUAAAGGUACGUGCACAGUGCAAGAUGACUUAAUCGUGCUUGAUUUGGUUAAAAAGAAGGAACUUGAUUGGGUGAGUCUGGAGAAAAGUUUAAGCAAAGAGGAGAAGAUGGAAGCGAGACAGAAAAUACACGAGAGGUGCCAAGAAGAGGCGAAAGUGCGUUCGGAACAGAAAUCAUUGAAGAAAAACCAGCUGGACAGAUACGCAGUACAGCAGGCAAUGGAAAUUGAUUCGAAGCAACAUUCUUUGAUGGACUCGAGGAGGAACCACGAACGCGAUAAAGCCAUGAACCAAUUGGAGCAAUGGCGCGAAAAGUUUGAUAGGAAAUUUGACGCUGUCCCUUCCGUCGAAGUUAAUGGAGAUAAAAAUUUCUGUUCGCAAUAUAAAAAAGCAAAACCUAUAAAUGAUAAUAGCGGUGGUGUCAAGAUAAUCGAACUAUCGUCAAGUGGCGAUGAGGAAAAUGACAUUGACAAUGAAACUAAGAAAAAUGUAUCCCAAAAGCCGAAGAUAUCUAAACAGCCGUUACAGUGUCAUACUGAAAAUAAGAAAGAGGUAAAAUCGGAAUACGUGGAAAAGAAGAAAAAAGAAGCUGCGACAAGGGUAUUGCCAAAGUUAAGGGAAACGAGGGAGUUGGAGAUCAAGCACACACCAAGAUCAUUCCCUACGCCAAGUAGAGAAUCUACUGUGGAUGAAGAAGAAGCCUGGUUGAAGAAUAUCACACAAGCGAGGAGAGCUAUUGGAUUUGUUUCCGAAGACCUACGUCCUGAAGAGCAAGACCCUCAGUGGUGCAAGGAGAAGGGUGAUGAAUUCUUCCGAAACGGAAACUUCCUUGGAGCGAUAAGCGCUUACACACAUGGAAUCACGUUGUCCGAUAAAUUGCCAAGCUUAUUCUCCAAUAGGGCUGCAACCCAUUUCGCUUUGGGAAAUUUCAACAAAUGCGUGAACGAUUGCUCCACCGCUCUGGACCUGUUGAAGCCCCCGUGCGAGGGCAACCGCCGCAGCCGCGCCAAGUGCAUAGCCCGCCGCGCCGCGGCCCUAGCCCGCCUGGGAUAUCUGAGCAAAGCCAUCGACGAAAUGAAGGCCGCCUCCAAUCUACUGCCCGACGACGAAAAUAUCAAAAAUGACGUUCACAACAUGGAACGCGCUUGGGAGCAAAACCCCGACUCCGAA